CUAUACUUCCCACUGGUCUCGUUCCCAUCUGCACUCUGCAAACGGAUCAGUGAUUUCACUGCCUUUUCAAUAAUUCAGGCUGUGUGCUUUAGCGAUGUCAUCUCGGAAAAGAAGCACCAAGGCGCAGCGCUUCCCACCGGCGGGAGGAGGAGGCGCACGGCGGAGGCUUCCCUGAACCUUUCGCUUCAUUUUCAGAGACAUUUGCAUCAGAAAGGUCCAGUCCCUCAGACAAAGGUCAGAUGCUCUUCAGCGGGAACUUUUCCCUGAAAUCUGACCGCAGACCCAAACUUUCUGCAUCAAAAAAGCAUCUUUCCUCACUGACAUCUCCAAUAUACAGGAGCACGGUAUUUUUGCUCAUUGCAACACAAUGCAUUUUAAGACAUGCGAGGCCAAAACAGAAGGCUGCUGUAUUUCAAGCCCAGGCUCUUACUCCUGCAACGCUGCACGUUAAGAAAUGCCGCCCCGAGAGGGCUGGAGGCAGCACACAGGCCUCUGAUGACACCCCGAGCUCUGCGCGGCCCCUCCCGCAGCAACACCACCAUCUUGCAGCUCUCGGCGCCGGCGCAAAUUCCGCGCAACGCCGCGGGCAAAGGCUGAGUCUCCGCUUCUCCCCAUCCUGACCGCGGGGGCGGUGUCCGUUGGCGUUGUCGGCGCUCUGCUGCCUGGGCGUGUGUCCGUCCGUCUGUCUGUCCGUCCGUGUCCCCGCAAGGCGGGGCCGCGCAGACCGCGCCGGCUGCUGCCAUCUGGGAGCCGGGGCGUGGAGCGGAGGAGGGCGCAGGGGGGGGACGAGCAUCCUUCAGGCCGAGGCUCCGUUCGUUUCUGCGGGUUCCGUGCCCGCUCUUGGGCACCGGUACCAACGAAGUACCUGCAGAAUCGGUUUGCCUCCUCCUGGUUUUUUUUUUUGUUUUGUUUUUUUUUUUGUUUUUUUUUUUACCUUGGUGAUUUUUUAUUUUUAUUUUUAUUAUUAUUUUUUUUCCCUCCCACGAAGAAGCUUCCGAAACUGGGCGAGAGCUGAUUUCCCGUAGGUGGUGCCGCGGCGGGGAGGGCAGCUCCCUUGCCACCCCCGGGCCGGGGGAGCAGCCCCCGGCUCCGCUCGCCCUGCCUAGCGGCUCUUUCCGCGGCACCGGCAGCGGGGCGAGCGGCAGCCGUCAGCCCACAGCCCCGUCCCCGGUGGCGGGCGGCGGCGCCUCCGCUGAGAGGCUGCGGGGAAGAUGCGGCCCGGAGAAGCCCGCCGCGGGGAGGGCGCUAUGCGGGAGAGAUAACGCGUCUUCGCCAGCAGCCGGGGGCGUCGCGGUGCCGGCGGGGGGAGUCAGCAGCCCCCGGGACCCGGGAACCUCCGGAGCGGGCCGGAGAACGGCGGGACGCGGCCCGGCGGCGGGGAGCGGCGAUUUGCCGUGCCCGGCUCCGCGCCUCGGGACCGGCGUGCGGGAGGCUGAGGAGCGCGGGCGGCAGCAGGAGGAGGAGGAGGAGGAGGGCAGCGCCAUGACUCACUUACAGGCAGGGCUCUCCCCUGAGACUCUGGAGAAAGCCCGACUGGAGCUGAACGAGAACCCCGACACCUUGCACCAGGACAUCCAGGAGGUGCGGGACAUGGUCAUCACCCGGCCGGACAUCGGCUUCCUCCGCACCGAUGAUGCCUUCAUCCUACGGUUCCUGCGGGCCAGGAAGUUUCAACACUUCGAGGCGUUUCGCCUCCUGGCCCAAUACUUUGAGUACCGCCAGCAGAACCUGGACAUGUUCAAGAGCUUUAAGGCCACCGACCCGGGCAUCAAACAGGCGCUGAAGGAUGGUUUCCCUGGCGGGCUAGCCAACCUGGACCACUAUGGCAGGAAGAUCCUCGUCCUUUUUGCUGCCAACUGGGACCAGAGCAGGUACACAUUGGUGGAUAUUUUGCGUGCCAUACUUCUUUCUUUAGAAGCCAUGAUAGAAGACCCCGAGCUUCAAGUGAAUGGAUUUGUUUUGAUUAUAGACUGGAGCAACUUCACCUUCAAGCAGGCCUCCAAGCUCACGCCAAGUAUGCUUAGGUUAGCCAUAGAGGGCCUUCAGGACAGUUUUCCAGCUCGCUUUGGAGGAAUACAUUUUGUCAAUCAACCAUGGUAUAUUCAUGCCCUCUACACAGUUAUACGGCCCUUUUUAAAGGAGAAGACACGAAAAAGGAUAUUCCUUCAUGGUAAUAACCUCAACAGUCUGCAUCAGCUGAUACAUCCUGAGAUCCUGCCUUCAGAGUUUGGAGGAAUGUUGCCCCCAUAUGACAUGGGAACAUGGGCAAGAACACUGCUAGACCACGAGUAUGAUGAUGACAGUGAAUGCAAUGCGGACUCCUACAAUGCUCCAGCAAAAGAUAUAGAAAAGGACCUCUCUCCUAAGUCCAUGAAGAGGUCUCAGUCAGUGGUGGAUCCUGGGGUGCUAAAACGCAUGGAUAAGAAUGAAGAAGAAAACAUGCAGCCUUUGCUUUCCCUUGACUAACAGUUCCUGAGCAUCAAACAUGAACUGCAGUGGAAGGCACUCAGCAACAAGCAAACCAUUGGGAAAGAGUGUACCAGCUGGAAUCCUAUUUACUCAUGUUUAUGUAGCAUAAUGGAAGCAGGCACAAGAUUUUACUAUUCUGCCUGAAUUCUGGAUGCCUUGGGGUGAAAAGGAAGAGAAGAAAGAAGGAAAAUAAUUAAAAAUAGGAAUCAGUAAUUUAUUCUGUAAGUGCCAACCUGUUUGUAAAUACAACAUAAUCCUCUACUUUGACUUUCUAAGAUAUGGUAAGCAAAUACUAUGAGUGACUUCUAAAUAUGUCAGUGAAGUGCAUCGUAAAAAAGAGUAGAAAAUGUGCAUGCAUACACACGUGUGCACACACAGAGAAACACGUACUGGACAAGAAAAAGUAUCAAAGCCAAUUAAAUGUUGUCCUUCUUAUAGGAAGCCAUACUGCAGCUAGUAUAUUGACUGCAAUAUACAGUAUAUUCUCUGCAAUGCUCAGUAAUGUGCAAAGAUAAAGAGGGAUUAUAAGAACUUGGGGAUGCUGUAGCCAGUCAAAUAUUUCCUAAAUGUAGGAAUUUAUUUCCAACUAACUUUGUGGCUUAGAAUUGUGACUUAGCAUAAACCAUGUAGCAUUGUGAAGAAGAUAACAGAUGAGCUGGAGCCAACUCUUUGACAGUUUGAUGUUUGGCUGUAUGAGUCUGUGAGGUUUCUUCCUUAACUUUUUAUUUACAGUUUGCAAGUAACCCAGCGUGUUACCCUAAACUGGGUGCUGUAAUGUGGGUCAUGUUGGAGUUAUUUCUCUUGAAUUUUGGGUGCACGUCAGGAAGUUUUCCAGAACUCUGUUCUCCCUCAUAAUGAGAAAAUAAUCCUCUAAAUUCAGUGUAAGAACCAAUGUUUGAAGUUAAAGCCUGGCAGCAGAGUUCAAAAGUUAAUCACUGAAUCCUGUGCAUUGGGAGACUUGGAUACAUACAUAUAUAUAUUUUUUACCAAUCUCUGACAAACAUGUAAGGUGACAUUGUUAGACAAGUAUAUUUAAUUGAAGGUUUAUACAGGAAAUCAUACCAAUUCAGUGUACUUAGAUAUAUUAUAGAUUGUAUAUUGAGAUGACUUCAUGAUUAAUAUAGUGCAACUUUCCAUAGAACAACAGCAUCCCACUCCAAGCAAGGAUUAAUAUGAAUAAGUUGUAGUCAAAUAUCUCAGCCUAUGUGUUUGGGGCACUUUUUUGUUUGUUUGUUUGUUUUUGUAGUGUAAGUGUAUGUAUUUAACAUGUGCCAUAAUAGAAAAAUAUGUUUUACCUCAAAAGGGCAACAGGUUUCAGUAGGUAUUAAGUCAGCUGAAAUGCAGGGGCUGUAUAAUCAUUGUGUGUUGACACGAGUACCAUUUGUUAUAUGCUGAGACAGGAAUACAUCCUUUGAACUAGACAGGCAUUUCUUAUUAGGGCUUAACUUUGCAAUCAGAAUAAGACAGCAUGUGAUGCUCACCUAAACAUCCAAAUAAUUGGAGAUAUUGCAACAGCAUGUCUGGACAACGCAGUGAUUAGAAAUAUGCUCAGCAGAUGACCACUAGGGAGGCAGUAGCUCAUAGGUACCUUGCCUCUGAAGCUCUGUGGUAAGAGUUUCCUCCAUCACUUCAGUAUUCACUGAAAUUUCAAAAUUGCUGGUUAUGGUUGCCUCUCCUUGCCUAGGAUGAUUCCAGAUUUCGGAAAUGGUGGACUGUGGAGAGUUAAGAGAAAUCUUGCAAAUGUGUCAUCUCAGAAUUUGUCUAUGGUGGCAACUUUGGCAUUCCUCAGUGCUGAGAUAAGCCAGUCUCUUCCAGCUCAGGCAGUACAUAGAUAAAGCAGUUCAUUAGGAAUACUGAUAAAUAGAAUAUACUUCAACAUGCAUAUUGCAGAAACUUGUCUGAACCAGUCAUCUUUUCACACUCUUAUUUCUAUUUUCAUGAUAUGUGUUAUGGAGAAACAAAGGGAAAAGAUACAGAGCCUGAAUUUGAGAAGUAUUAAUCAGUGGCAGUUGCAGAAAGGGUGAUUGGGAACUGUAGCUGCCUACAUCUUUGCAGUUUGUCCUACAAAUUUUCAGUAGGUGAAAGUAUUGUAAUACUACUUCCACUCUUUGAUGGGCUUGAAUGUAUGAUGAGUUCUUAUCUACAAUUUUAUUCUAUUUUUUAUGAAUCUUGUAACAUCAUGCUAUAUAGGUAAGAUGUAUCUCUAGGAUUUAUGUAAGUGCCAUAUUUGAAUGUAUGUUAUACAUUCCCACAUCUAUGGCUAGAGGAAUAGUGUAUUGCUGUAGCUGAUUCUUAAAUCCUUACUAGAUAAACUGUAAUAUCAGUAUAAAUGUUCUCUUCGUAAGGGCUUUGGGAUUUAGUCACAUCUGUGUAAACUGUGACACAGUAGUGAUCAAAGUCUUCACAGAUGCUGUUGUAUACUUGGGCCAAACCUUGGUGUGAGCCAGCCCAGCACUGAUUGCAGAGUACACCAGCUGUCUGGACAGAAAAUGCAAAUGCCUCUUAAUCCUGACAGAGUAUCUUUGUAGGAAAGUAUAUCUGCUCAACUGUAUGAAGCUUCUGCAUACCAACUGAUAAAUUUAUUUUGUUUGUGAGGUUUUUAUUAGCUGUAAUUUAUGUAACGUUUUCUGAAGCCUGAUUUCAGCUUGAAAUUAGUGAGCAUUAAUUAUUAUUUACAGUUAGUGAAAGUGGGGUAUAUUAUAAAUUUGCAUUACUUGGUCUUCAUCUUUCACCAAGAACAAACCUACUUUUUCAAUAAGAUCCUCACUGUUAAGGAGUUAGGCUACAGCUUUUAUUUCACUGAAGCAAAUUCUUGCAGUGGUAACUGCAGUUGUGACACUGGAAAAAAUGGAUAAAAAUGGAUAAGAAAACCAAUUUUCUGUCACAUGCUCUCGGUAUUCUUUGAAGGCUUUUCUCUUUUACUCAUUAGAGUACAUAAAGUGUUUUCCCCUUCUCCCUGCUUCUUGUAGAAAAUCUUUAUAGAUAGGUCAAUUUUUAAUAGCUGAAAUUUGGACUGAAAACUUUUUCCAAUCUUUAUUAUGAUAAGACUUAAUGUUGAAUUUUUAUAGCAGAACUGAAGUGCUAAAAAUAAAAUUCAAAUGUUUGGGAGGGUCAUUUUUAUUUCUGACCUUUGUUGUAUACUGGGUAGAAUAAAUCUUGUGCUUAUGCAUGCUGAUAUGCAUACCAGAAGAAUCCUGCCAUAUGAGGAACUUAGUGGAAAGACUGGAUUCACCUGUUCAACCAGCUAAGUGAAAAAAAAAAUAAAUAAAAAGGAGAAAAAAAGUGUAAAAUUGAUUUAAUGCUUUUGACAAGAACAAGAAAUGCUUUCACAGAGUCUUUUCCACAAAAGACUCUAUUGAACAUAUAUGGAGAAGUUGUGGAAACUUUAAUGCCCAAAGCUCUUUGAUCCUGCAAUGACAGAUGUGCAAGUCUGUUGGCCUUAUAAAGACAGGUAAUCAGUCCCACUAAGCUCCAACAAACAUGCAGGUUCCCAAUAGAUAUUAGGUGUAAUAUAGCUUUAAGAAGUCUUUACAGAAAUGUAAAUUUAUUGUACAGCAUAUUUAAAAAGAUGUUUUGCACUCUGCAAACAUGAGAUGCCUAUCACUAAAGAUAUUUAUAAUGGUAUACAUAACACAGAAUUAAAGAAAAUAGGUGUGGAAGGGACCUCAAGAUGUCAGCUGUAUUGUUGUGUGGAAGAGCAGAUUUUCUUCAGUCGUGUUUCUCUUAAAGAAUUGUUUUAACUCAGUACAUUGCAUGGAAUGUUCUUUGUAUCAUUUAAACACAGCCACAGCAAAGCCUAAGCACAAUAUCUGACAAAAUUGUAACUUGAUCAUAUUACGUUAAUUUCUUUUAUUAUUUACUUUCAUUAUUUCUCUUUGGGAAAUUAAAAAAGUUUACCAAAUGUAGUAAUUCUACCAUUCAGAAUUACCUGGAAAUCAAUUUACAGUAAGCUCUGGUCAUGUCACUGUUAAUAUAUUGUUUUUAUUAUUAUUAAUGUAUUCAACUGUUCAGAUUUUUGAAAGGCAUGUUUGGAAGAACAUACGCUUAAGAAAAAAGUUCAAAAUAAGACUUAAGGAUUGCAGGCAGGGGAAAGCUGAGUUUGUUUUGGAUAAUUUUUACUUGCCUCUGGGGCAAGUCCUUUUGAGCUAUCAACAGGAUUAGGUACUAGGACAAAUUUGUAAGAAGAAUAUCAGUGUGAAAAACAAGAGACAAGAUCUCAAAGGAUUGAGUACUGAAAAAUCACAUGGCUAGCUGUGUAAUGUCCUUUUAAUGAAAGGCAUUUUGUGAGUAGCUUCUGUGCAUGCAUUUGUGGUGCUGAGACUUUGGACUUUCAUCCAAAAACUUUAAAAUAUAAUAUGAAAUCAAGAAAAUAAUAAUCAUCCCAUUUCUCAGGUAGCAAUAUGGAAACAGUCAGUUAGAGAUGUUCAAAUCUCAAAAGAAUACAUUUGUGUUGAGUUUAUGUAUGGCAAAAGCAAUGCUUUGAUCACUCAGUCUGGUUUGAAAUGAAAGAAAGAAGAUCUUUUUUGUGAGAAGAAUGUCUAGCUGUUGAUUCAGUCAUGCCCAGUUUCCUUAGAAAUGUCCUACGCAUUUUCGCUUGAGCCCUUUGCAAACCAGGGAUGGUUUACUUGAGUUACAUCUGAAUGUACGUGCCUUCUGCUGAGGAGCUGGUAAAAAAGGAGUAUGUCCCCAAAAUGAAAUAACAUUUUCCCCACCUAACUGAUGAAAAACUGUUUACUGUUGGCUGCCCAAUAGAGAACUCUGAACCUGUCAAGGGAGGAUCUCUUCACGAUGGCUUUGAACAAUAAGUCCCGUUAGCCAUACAAGGAACACUGACAUUUCAUUUGGAGGCAUUCUUAAGUGACCUCCAGUGAAAGUGCAGGCUAGCUAGACAGGAUUCCACAUUCUGUACUGUCUUGUAAAUUUUAAUGAUGCUUUUUCAAAGGUCUGUAUUUAGGACAUUAACUUUGACGUAUCAUUCAGUCUGCAUUUCAGCUUCCAUUUGAGCAGGAAUUUUUUUUCCUAUCAAAUUUUGGGAUCUUAGUUUGUUUCCUUUACACGAGUCUGUUGCCACAAAUAUGGCACUGAGCCCUGAUGGAAUGCACAAGUUGCAACUUGAUUUUGCUGUUUAAAAAUUGGUGCAGUUGAAGCAUGGGUCACAAGCUCACACUAAUGUAUCAUUCAUUCUCCAGUGUUUUGUGUAUAUAAAGUGCUUUGAUUGAUAGCAGAUAUAUCAAACUCCAGUUUAAAGUUGAAAAAAAAAAAAAACUUUCUACAGUGAGUUCAAAAUCUGAGUUGGUGAUAUUUCUGCAGAAUUCAAGGAAAGGAAACACUGCUCUAAGGGAAAACGUGGAUGCUCUUUUUAUGGCAUGCUAUUUAUGGUAAAACACAACCAAAGUAUUUUGUCUAUGGGAACUCUAGUCAGGCAAUUCUUUUGUCUCUGUACCAAUCACAAACAACAAGCCCUCUCUAAUAAAGAGGUGUGACAAAUCUAUUUGCUUUUGGCAAAUGAUUUCCAGUGAAUUGCCAUAUCUCAACAGCAGACAAAUGGUGGGAAUUAAUUAGGAUUUGUAUUUAAUAUGGAAAUACUGCUGUGAUUCCUUAAAAUGCUGCUACAUCAUCAGCAAUGCACAGCAGUGCCUAAAGGCAAGCAUCUCAAAUGGGGUCCCUUGGUUAAUAAAAAUUUAAGGGGACAAAACAAAGAGAAGAGAUAAUAGAAAAUUGAUAAAAUGCAAUAAUUAAAGACAGAAAGUGGCCUGUGCUGGAAACCUGGAAUGGCAAAAAUUAUGUGAAGGUCUACCAUAUAUAUUAUGAGUAGAGUUCCCAUUUUGUUCCCACACCAUUUCACUUGUAUGGCUAUAAUGGAGUUUCCCAAAUCUUCAGAAGAUGCUUCUGAGCUACCUUGUGAAAUCACAUACAGAGUGGUUGAGCCUGAGAACAUGACUUCACAGAUCAGUGCUUGACAUCAGAUCCUCAGCUAGAGAGGAGACCCGGGCUGAUUGAGACUUGGGCACUUGAAGAAAGAUGCAAACUGCUGUGCCCUGCCUGGCUGAAGAAGUCAUGCAGGAAGAGAAGGCAAGGAGCCAUACACCCAAAAGUAAAGGUGGGAGGCCUGUGGAAUAAAGGACAAUGGGGAGGUGGAAUGAACAGAACAAUCAUUGGAAUAAGAUGGUGAGAGAGGCUUUCAUUUGCUCUGUAAUUGAUGUUAAAGAGGCUUUACAAAGCCCAAUGGCAAAUUUGUCAUCAGAAGGGUAAAAAAAAUACAUUUCUCACUUUCCAACACAAACUUGAUUUUGAUGUAUUUAAACCUGAUAUGUACAGCAGGCCUGAACUGUCUCCACUGCUGUUUCCAAUGGGGCUUUGGGAUGUGGGCAUGACAUAGCAUCCAGGAACUGCAAAGCUCAUGUUCACAAACCUGUCCAGAGGAGGAGAAGGAAGGGAUAUAUUCUGCAAGUCCCUGCUACAGAGGUGACUUCACGGGAGAGUGGAUUCAAGUCUGUUUUGCCCUAUCAUCUGUAUCUGCUCCUGUUCUGUGUAGAAGGCUGUGAGCAUAAAUGGUACAGAGACCUCCCCUACACACCAUGGUGCUGUGCGUAAUUAUGCAGCCUUCAAGCUAUUGCUAACGGUGUGUCCUGUAUCAUUAACAGGUCUGCUGGUGAUGUUAGUAGUAGCCAGUAGGCACCCAGAGUGGAGAUGAUUUAAAGGAAAGAGAAUUUUAUGAACUACACUUAAAUAUAAACAUACUAAAUUGGUGAUUGUUGCAAGUAAUACUACGAUUAUAAUGAAUUAAGGGUUUUCAGUGUUUGGUUGCAUUGUAUCUUGAUGAGACUUAGCGUGUAAUCAAUUUCCCUGAAAUAUAAUUUUCCCUGAGGUUCAUAUGCACCUUUCAUGCUUCAGUGGCAGAAGGAAUUGAAUGGUAGAAAAUAUUUUAAAGCUAUAAAUUUAUUCAGAUGGACACUUGUAAAAUACCUAUCCGUAUUAAAAAUAAAUUUUGCAAUUAACUAGGUUUCAGCUUGACAAUAAUAGCUCUUAAAUCAGUUGGCUCUAGCAUUUUCAUGGUCUGUUGUAUGAAAUGUAUCCUGCUAACCUUUCUCAUGUGCAUUUUUUUUUUUUUUUUUAUCCCUUGCAUUCCACAACAUCUUGUUUUCUGUAUAUAAUUCAUUCUGUGUGUAACUGGGGAAAACUGUAAAAGGAAAAACAAAUAAAAAACCAACCAACAAAACACUGACGAUCUACAGACAGGAGCUUGAAAACUAUUAUUUUAAAAGUUUCCCUUACAGAAAUCUCUGGUGAGUGAAUCUCCCUUCCAGAGUGAAAUGGAAGAUGGAAUAGAGACUGACUUCACCAUAGAUUAAUACAAAAAAUAGAUUUGGACUAGAAAUCCAUAAAGGUGUAGAUAGACAAUUACCUGGGAUAGCUUUUGUGAUUUAAGGUGUUGCCUUCUCCUGGCUGUUAACAAUCACUCUUCAGCUAGAUAUUACUGCCCCAACACUUAAGCAGUAGUAGAUUAUGACAGCAGUCCUUUUCCAAUGAAUGUUGUUAACAAACUCACACUGUUGGUUCUGUUUUCAUGCAUGUGUAAAAACAUUCAUGUAAUCUAUUAGAACAUCUUAGAUGAUGGUGAUUAACAACUAGUCAUGGCAACAUCUAAAAUUGCAGAAGCUAGGUUGGCUGUCUGUGCCUUAAGCCUCUCCUGAUCUUGUGUAGUAGUGACCACUGAAUACUUUUUUUUUUUUUUUUUUUUUUUUUUGCAUGCAGUAAUCUACUUUGGAGCCUUGCAGAAACGCCUAUAGCACCAUAUCAAGAAUCCAGAAGUUAGAGAAGUAAUGUACAAACAGCAUUUGUAUCCUCAGGAUAAAUUUUGUUUGUUCGUUUCUAAUAUAGUAUUGUUAGGACUCAGGGGGUCUGAGAUUUGUAAAGUCAGGACAAGUCUAUCAGUCAUGUUCUAUGUAUAUUUUCAUUAAGUAUUCUAUUUUCACAACUUGUUGUCAGUUUGAACUUUAUUAUUGGACCUAGUAAGAUUGUUACUUAUGGUCUGUUGUGUUCCAACCUAAAAUCUGAAGAUUAAGCAACUUGUGAAACAUGUCACUCUUUAUAGUGCAUAUUUAAAUAUCAUCAGUUCUCUGUGAUCAGUGGGCUGCUUUGGAGGGUACUACUACUUUAAGUCACUGUUGGAUACUGAGGAAGAAUUACAUUGUUAAAUAAAAUAUGACCAAAUGAAAAUUAAAAUACAUAUAUAUUUUUGUGUUGUAUUUGGAGUGUUUGUCUGGCUUGC